AUGGCAGAAGAGGAAGAUCCAGACACAGCCACCAUGGCAGGAGAGGAGGAUCCAGACACAGCCACCAUGGCAGGAGAGGAGGAUCCAGACACAUCCACCAUGGCAGAAGAGGAAGAUCCAGACACAUCCACCAUGGCAGAAGAGGAAGAUCCAGACACAUCCACCAUGGCAGGAGAGGAGGAUCCAGACACAUCCACCAUGGCAGAAGAGGAAGAUCCAGACACAUCCACCAUGGGAGAAGAGGAAGAUCCAGACACAUCCACCAUGGCAGAAGAGGAAGAUCCAGACACAUCCACCAUGGCAGAAGAGGAGGAUCCAGACACAUCCACCAUGGCAGAAGAGGAAGAUCCAGACACAUCCACCAUGGCAGAAGAGGAGGAUCCAGACACAUCCACCAUGGCAGAAGAGAAAGAUCCAGACACAUCCACCAUGGCAGAAGAGGAAGAUCCAGACACAUCCACCAUGGCAGAAGAGGAGGAUCCAGACACAUCCACCAUGGGAGAAGAGGAAGAUUCAGACACAUCCACCAUGGCAGAAGAUGAAGAUCCAGACACAUCCACCAUGGCAGAAGAGGAAGAUCCAGACACAUCCACCAUGGCAGAAGAGGAAGAUCCAGACACAUCCACCAUGGCAGAAGAUGAAGAUCCAGACACAUCCACCAUGGCAGAAGAGGGAGAUCCAGACAUAUCCACCAUGGGAGAAGAGGAAGAUCCAGACACAUCCACCAUGGCAGAAGAGGGAGAUCCAGACACAUCCACCAUGGCAGACAAUAAAGUUCCAGGCUCCUCUGCCACUGAAGAAUGUAGGAGGUUGCUCUCUGCAUAG